CGUUAGCUCGCAGCUAGCAGUGCCACAGUUUUGGAGCCAGCUUGUCCCCCUCGUAAAAAAUGGCUCACACUGAAACAUUGACUUUGUAUUACACUAAUACGGCCCCUUGUAUCUGAUGCUAACUUGCCAGAUAGCUACAUCCCGUGGAAAAUUAAUUAAUUUGCCUUUUUGCUUGCCCCAUCAUUUAGUUAUAGGUUGUGCAACUGCACUGGGGGAGAGGAGGCUCAUGAAAAAUAACGUAAAACAUGUAUUGAUUUAUGCAUUGCUAAUGUUUUGCAUGAAAGAUAUCUUUACCUUAGUUGCUUCAGAGUUUAUUUUUUUUGUGUAAUAGUUUGUUUUGUUGAAGUUUAUUUUUCAUGGGCCUGUGCUCAUCCAAAAGGCUUAACAAUUACAGUUUUGUUAAAUGUCAGCUCAUCUUCACUAACGUAAUUACACGCAUAGUUUUCUAGUUAUGUGACCAAUAUGGCUAUGCAUGGCAUUCACAAUCUUCACAUGCAUACAGAAAGCCAAACCUCAAAACUUAAUUUACUAUUGCUCUAUAACAGUACCAAAGUGUGUGGAAAUGAAGUGCAAAUGCAUGUCAGCAUAGAACAAUGAAACUUCCUUCUUUGUGCUACAGAGAACAUGUUGCCUAUGCGUCAGUGGGAGAUAAAUGAGAAACAGAAGAUCAGAGGUCUCAUUAUAAAAGGAUAGAAAGUAGUCUUUUAAACAAAAUAAUGGACGAUUCCCAUUUCAACUCAUCAUACUUUUGGUCUCCCGUCCCCACUGUACAAGGACAGAUCGAGAACGCCAUGUUCCUGAACAAGGCAAAGGAGCAACUAGGUCCAGAGAAGGCCAAUGCACCCUCCUUCCCUCACUCCUCUGCAUCUUCCAUCUCUUCCCCCCACUACCCCGCGGCUGUGCUCACCAUCCCCGGCCCAGUGGACACAGGGAGUGGGCUGCGAGUGGUCCCCAAACAGGAAGGAGGUGGGGGUACUGCAGGAGGAGGUGGUGGUGGCGUCAGUGGCAGCAUGCCUUUAAGUGCGGUUGGGGGACACCUGCACCAGUCGCACACCUCCCAGAACGUCACCGUUGUGCCUGUUCCCUCCACGGGUAUCAUGACUGCAGCGGGGUUAGUGAUCACCACCCCUCAAGGCACACUGGUCCCCACUGCCUCCACGCAGUCCUUUGUAGCUGGACCCCACACUGCCACCACCAUGAUAGUGUCUGCAGUACACCCCUCAAAUACAGACAAGAAGGAGGACAUGACAGUCCCUCCUGCAGUUGUAAUGCCAGCACCAUCAAAGCGAGGCAGGAAGAGCAAACAGGUGAUGGGCAGAGUAGCUGGAGUAGGUGGGGUCCUCCCUCCAGGAAGCGAUGCAUUAAUAUUGGCACACCUUGCUGCUGGUGGACAACACCACGCUGCUGACCCAUAUGACCUGUCAAAUGAUGAGGAUGAUCAUACUAACAAGGAUGGCCCCAAAUCAUACAGGUGUCGGAUGUGUGCAGUGACGUUCUUCAGCAAGUCAGACAUGCAGAUCCACGCCAAGUCCCACACUGAGGCCAAGCCCCAUAAGUGCCCCCACUGUUCCAAGUCAUUUGCCAACUCCAGCUACUUGUCCCAGCACAUCCGCAUCCACAGUGGGGCCAAACCCUACACCUGCACCUACUGCCAGAAAACAUUCAGGCAGCUCAGUCACCUACAGCAGCACACACGAAACCACACUGAGGCCAAGCCCCACAAGUGUCCCCACUGCUCCAAGUCGUUUGCCAACUCCAGCUACCUGUCCCAGCACAUCCGCAUCCACACUGGGGCCAAGCCCUACACCUGCUCCUACUGCCAGAAAACAUUCAGGCAGCUCAGUCACCUACAGCAGCACACACGGAUUCACACCGGUGACCGACCGUACAAGUGUAACCAUCCUGGCUGUGAAAAAGCUUUCACUCAGUUGUCCAACCUACAGUCUCACCGUCGGCAACACAACAAAGACAAGCCGUUCAAGUGCCACAACUGUAACCGUGGUUACACAGAUGCUGCCAGCCUGGAGGUGCACCUGUCCACACACACUGUCAAACAUGCCAAGCUGUUCUCCUGUGGCCUCUGUAACCGAUCCUAUACCUCGGAGACAUAUCUAAUGAAACACAUGAGGAAGCACAACCCUGACCCACUAACAGUGGCAGCAACAGUAGCUGCUCAGCAGGCCCAGGGCCUUACACCAGGCGGAGGAGGGGGCAGGGGCCGAGGCCGUGGCCGAGGGAGAGGAGGCGGUGCUGGCAGAGCGGGCCAGCUCCAAAGCCAGACCAACCCAAAUAACACCAACCAGAACCCUAACCAAGGACCCCCAGGCAGCUACCAGCCACCCCAGCAUCCCACAGAAAGUGUGGUUCCAUGCCCGUUUGACCUGCACCAGUACAAGACAGUGGCAGCCAGUGAGAUCCAGUACAAACCAGUUUCUGUGGCGGACCUACCUGUGGUCCACAAAGACCUUUGCCUCACUGUCUCCACAUCAGCCAUACAGGUGGAGCACAUGAACUCAUAGGCUGCGUCUUCCCACUCUGUUUGAGGAAUUACUUAUUGUGUGUGCAGUGUAAAAAAAGUCCAUAUGCACAAGUAAUUUAACUGUAAUCAAUAUUAUAGUCUUCUUAAAAUAAGAAAAAAAUGGUUAAUAGGCUAGAAAUUUUUACCAACCCAUCAGUCAGUUGCAAAUCAUCUGGUUUAAUGAUACUUCUCAGAAUUUGGAAUUGUAACAAGACACCAGUGGAAUCAAUUUAGAUUCACUUUCCUGUGGCUUUGAGUGACAUUAUUUUGAAAGGGGUUGUUCGAUCGAGUUCAAAUAUACAAGUCAGAUUUAAUUCAAUAAGUGCCAUUUUUUUCUGGAUUUUAAGAAGCUUUAAUGCUGAGUACAAAAAUAAAUUACUUGUUAGAACACAGAUAUUUUACAAUGUGCUUCUCGAUUCCUGAGCCCUCUUGUGCCAAGUAUCUCUCAAUGGAAAUGCUGGUCUAGGACACUGAUAUAAGUAGUUUAUUCUUCAGCAUUCCUCCAGUUUAUGAAGACUUAACCAAAACCUAAUCUCAGAUCAGUUUUGGCUUUCAUAUAAUUAUGUAUUAUGAAUGAGAUGGUAAUUAAAUCCAGACCUGAAUUUCUCAAAAGCAUCUUUAUUCUAUUUUCAGCUUUAAUCAACUAAGAGUCAAUGGACAAGUCAUCAAUUUACUAGCUUUAUAAAACUCACUUAACACCCGAUCCUAAACCAGCAGUCCUUCUCUGAGAAUCUUGAUAAAAGAGGUUCACUGGUGUCCCUUCUCUUUUUUUUAUUGCAUUGUUGGCAAUAGGCAUCAUCGGAGGAUUAAGGUGUAAAAUAUCUGUAAAAUAAAACAAUUACACUAUUCUCUGCAUAUUUACGUACCAAAGAAUGGUGUAAUUUUUUUACACAUUCAGAUCACAUUAAUCUGAACAUUCUCCAUUAUUUAGUUCAAGCCAAAACAAGGGAGAGAAAGAGGACAAGGAAUCAAUCAUGAAAAACUGUAGAGAUUCAUAAUAGCAACUGAAACAGCAAGGCAGUGCUAAACUAAAUAAAUAUGUUUGAGUGGAUCUGGAUGACACUGUCAGUGUGCUGUUGGCAGUGGAGGCUGAAUAAGAAAAGCGGAAUUGGAGCCUGAGAAAAGAUCACAAAGGACGAGGAGCUGCAGGAAGAAAAGGACGUGGUGUAUUGUAGAAUCAGGCUAAAGCUGCAGGUUGAAUCUCAGUGUUCAUUUCACAAAUUAUGGUGUCUUUAUUUACACCCACCUCCCCUCAGACAGCGAGGAGUUGAGGAACCACUACUUUGUCGGAGCCCAAAGUAUUGAACAAAAGGGAUGGAACAGUUCAAGAAUGCACUAAAUGUCAGGAAUCUGCAGCAGAGCAAGAACUAAACGUGAGAGAGCGAAGGGGUCGGUGGGGUGGGAGGGGUCAUAAAGAAAGCACUUGAUGAAGCUUGUACUUCAUGCCUAUGUUUGUCAUCGUUGUACCUUUUUUUAAUAUAUCGUGUAUGUAUUUUUCUACCAACAGGAACGUGUGAACAGAAAGAACGCAAAGUGAGUGCAUGAAUGUGAAGGGAACAGAGAGAAAAGUCAUAACUGUGUGUUUUUGUCCCAUUUUUUUUCUUACUAUUCAAGGGAAGACGGUUUACUAUUCUCUAAUGAGUAAAGACAGCCCAACUCAUCAUUGUCAGGGUGGUUUGGGAAAUAAUGAUUGUGUGAUAAAAAUAGCUGACAGGUACUGUUAUCAAUCUUUUUUUUUUUUUUUAAGAACUUUUCAUACAUAUUACUACUUGCAUUAUAACUGUAUUGCAAAUGUUAUCCACAUUAUUAUCAAACUGAGGCAUUAUUGUAUUUCAGUAUGCUGUACAUAAAAUAGAUAGGAAAGACUUUUUCAUCUGUAAAAGGGAAGUAUGUCCUGUGUAAAGCAUAUAUGGAAACUAAAGGAACUCAAAUUAACAAGCACCAAAUCAUUGGCUGUGUCUCAGGUCUCCUUUAGUGCUGAUGGACAUAACAGCCUUGGUUCAACAAAGUCUGCAAAGAUUGAUAAAUUCCAGGCCUGAGAAGUUUGUGAAUUUCCCAAAUUGUCGGUUAAAAUUUGGGGAAAAUAUUUUUUCUCUUUCUGUAACUGUGUGGCUGCGCAACAUUUCCUGCACUUUCAACCACACUCGCCCAUUACACUUGGUGAUAUUCAUUUUGAUUUUGAUGUAAAGUGAUUUUUUGGCCAAGUGAAGUGCAUAUUUUAAUUAUUAGGCUUAAAGUUAACAACUGCAAUCUGAAAACCAAUCUCUUAACAUUGUUUGUUCAGCCAUGAGAAUUCCUUCACGAACACUUCUACAGUUGAUCUGAGCAUAUCUUGGUGAUUAAAUGACACGAAACGAGGCUGUGACAUGGUUGACCUGGGACACUGCUGUCGUGGUUUUGUGCACAAGCUAUCUCUACCCAAUCAAAAUGUUCAAGCAGCCUGUACAUCGGGCCGAUUGUCUUCAUGUAUACUCCUCCUUGUAUUUCAUUGUGUCUUUUUAUGAAAAAUAACCCACUCUCAAUAUUCUUGUUACUGUUAUUAAUGAUGCUCCUGAUAAUAAUACAGUUAUUAACUGCCCUCUUAUGCUACACUCUUGCAUACUGUAUGCACAGUUACACCUCUUGCUCAUCUGAACAAAUUUUUUUUCCCUUAAGGAG